AUGGUUUCUGAGUUUGUAUGCGUAAUAUGCCGCGAUGGAUAUUCGGCGAAGCGCCGGCCGAUGGUGAUGAACUGUGGGCACACACUGUGCGAGAAAUGUCUCACUCGGGAUGGCGGUCGAGCAAUAAACAAAUGCCCGACGUGUCGGACCGUCAUCUCGUGGAAGGCACCCAAUUUUUCUUUGCUAGGUGCCCUUGACGAAACGCGGGAGACAUCAGUAAAAGAAUCUUAUGAAUGUGAAGGAUACGAAGACGACGACGCGGAAGACGAAGAAGAAGACUUGGACUUGCAGAUGACCGAGAAGGAGGCAAUCCGGGAAGCGGACGCGUUGCGGCGCAUCGCCUUUAUUGGGGUAGCCAUGUCCACAGCGGCGGUGCUGACCACCGUAGUAGCCGUCCCCCUAUUCUAUAACUAUCUCCAGUUGACGCAGUCGAAGAUGUCGGCCGAGCUCGACUUCUGUAAAUCCCGGUCCGCCAACAUCUGGAAAGAGGUCACGAGAACACAGGUUUUGGCGAAGUUGUCUGGAGGUGUCGUGUCGAGAGAUAAGCGGAGGGCCGCUUCGAGCGUCAAGCCCACCAAGGAGGUUGCUGUGGAUGCGGUGUCUCCCCACCUGGACCUCAGGGAGCCCCAGGUCCGGAUGGAGAUUCUGGAGCCGAUGGACAGCCUGGUGCACCCGGAAAGGAUGGUCCUGAUGGACCGGAAGCCACUCCUGCUCCUCAGCACGAAUUCUGCUUCGACUGCCCGGAUGGUCCGCCUGGACCUGCUGGAAAGGCUGGACCGAAAGGACCUAAUGGCCAAGGUGGUGCUCCCGGAGGCCCAGGAGGCCCAGGCAACCCCGGACCCCGAGGACCCAUCGGACCUCCCGGAAACCCUGGUGGAGAUGGACGACCUGGAGAGGCUGGAGCUCCUGGAGCUCCUGGACAGAAAUGCCGACGGGAUGAACGGCUGCCAUCAAUAUCUCUGCUCGUUGUUGCUGCUCUUUUUGUGCCAUGUCUACGUCGGUGCCGGGGAGCAGCAACCCGGCGUGGCCGUUAUCGACUUCACCUCCGUUAUCCGGGACCACGAUGCGGGAAAUAACAGCGUGGUGACGGAUAAGCCAAAAGUUACCGAAAAACCCCGUUUCCCCUCGUACUACAACGAGACAAAGGACAAAUCGGAAUACACCCAAGAAGAACUGCUCAGCUGGAAGGUAUUUGAUGUGCUUUACGAAAGAGGCCAGCGCUUAUUGCUGCCGGGUGGCCUGAAAGCUGAGCAGCAGCUCUGCAACUGCACCGCCCCCAUGCCCGUUUGCGAGGAGCUGCACGCCCUGAUGCCUGGAGAAGACAUGCACAAGAAGUGCUGGUCACGGUCCGGCUACUGUCGCGUCACUGUUCAUCGACUCGAAGAUGGGAGCAGCCACCCAGUGUACAAUUGCGUGGACGAGGAGGAGGCGCAGUUGAUCAUGUUCUGCACAUACACCCAUAAGGAUAACGUUGCACGGUGUUGCAAAGGACCGCUGUGUAGCUGGACGAUGGAACGACCGCUCCUCGCCGGCGAGACACGCGACAGCAAAUUUGUCGCCUGGACGAAGGAGCACUACAUUUUGCUGACAUUCAGCUCUCUGGUAUUCAUCGCCCUGUCCGUCUUCCUCUUCUUCUACAUCACCUACUCGUCAUUUAGGAAAUCGAUCUGCGACGCGCUGACGAAGGCGCACAGAUUUAUUCUGAAUCCACGAGAGCCGGCAGCUCCGGGCACGGCCACCACGUACAUCAGCGAGUUCGGGUUGCCACUUCCUGCGGGACCAGAACGUAGCGUCCUCUACGAGCCGGCCCCUCGCUCGGCGGUCCCCGGCUUCCAGCUGAACCACGACGAGUGGGCGUUGCUACUGAACGAGCAGCAGCGGACGGGAGGACCGUCACCACGGCUUCCCCCUCUACCUGAUGAUGAUCACGAACACUCGGAAACGGCACCGCUGAUCGGCGCACGACUCGGAACAGGACAUGCCCCGAGCUCGGCCAGAAGGCGUGGCUCCCCGUCGCUGAUGCUCCCUGAUGAGGAUGAGAGUACGGUGGUAGCUGGAGAUCGAGAGGCGGAGGAGCAGGAGCCGGAGAAAGAGAAGGAUAAAGAGGAGCCAGAACCGGUGGUGGAGGAGGAGAGCAGUGAUACGACCGAUGAUGACCAAGAGCAACUCUUAAAAGACCCGAAAAAGAAGAAGCCAUCGUCGAAAGAUACCGACAAGAAACAGACGCUAGCCUCCGCCCUGAUUCGCGCCUACUCCCUGGUCCGUCGCAGUAUCGCCCAGGAGAUCGUCAUCAGCGAGGUGCUGGGCAGAGGCCGAUUCGGAGAGGUCCGACGUGGGCUGUGGAAAAAGCGCUUUGUCGCCGUGAAGAUUUUCAGCUGUCCGGGGGAUAUGUCGUGGAGACGUGAGGUUGAAAUCUACAACACCGACUAUUUACGGCACGAAAACGUUCUGCAAAUCAUCGCGGGUGAUAAGAAGAGCGACAUCAUCGAAUCCCUGCAAAGCUGGAUCAUCACCGAAUUCCACGAGCGCGGGUCUCUCUAUGACUAUUUGUCGACUCAUACCGUCGAUCGACAUCAAGCUAUUCGAAUGUUGCAUACCUUAAACGCUGGAAUGGAAUUCUUGCACGGUGCCCUGUCCGGAGAUAAAGUGAAACCCCCAAUCGCCCAUCGAGACAUGAAGAGCAAAAAUGUGCUGGUACGGUACGAUGAUAGCUGUGUCAUUGCCGAUCUGGGGAUGGCCAUUCGGGCAAUGGACGGAGGCGAGCUCGAUAUUCCGCAGAAUACGCGAUGCGGGACUGUGCGAUACCUUUCGCCGGAAGUGCUCGACGAGAACUACCUCUUCCACAAUUUUGCCGACUUUGCGCACUCCGACAUGUAUUCCGUCGGCCUUGUGAUGUGGGAGGUAAUUACGCGAUGUAAUGACGUCGAAAACGAGCUGACCCUGAACGCCCUGCCUUUCUCGGAGACGUUGCCGUAUUGGGAAUGGGUUGGCAGGGACCCGACGUUCAUCGAGAUGCAGCAGGUGGUGGUCGUCGAGAAAAAGCGGCCGGUCAUUCCGCCGGAAAUCUUGGCUCGCCAGUCGAUCCCGGACCGAUCAUUUGGAGAGAUUGGACCGGAAGGACAGAGGGAAGAGAAGACAAUCCUCGGCGCUGACAACUUCUGGUACAAGGUCGGCCAAAUCGUGGCGGAAUGCCUGCGCGCUGAUCCGCACACACGCCCCGCGGCCGCGACGCUGCAAAGCGAGCUGGUCGAGAUCUGGAGUAAGAUGCCGCCGAAGGAGCCGUCGAUACAGCCGAGCAGUCCAAGGCCUUCUGUGCCUGAUACUCCAUCCACCUCAAGACCAGUGUGGUCGACGAGUCUUGAUUUGGACAGUGGGGUUGCUAAUUCGAAUGGG